UGCGCUCGAUGGCAACAUGCGCUCGAUGGCAACAUGCGCUCGAUGAUCUUCAUGAACGAUCAAUUCCCUGGCCCCGAGCUGCGCUUAGAGCAGGGCGAUAAUGUUGAGGUAGGUAUUAUCAGAGGGGGUAUCGUGCAGAGAAAAAGAAAGCAUAUUAACUGCCCAUGGUUCGUUGUACACAACCACAGGCCGUUCAAUACCAUCAUUCACUUCCACGGUAUUGAGCAGCUGAAUACUCCAUGGUCUGACGGUGUGCCUGGUCUUCCCCAGAAGCCUUUCCAGCGAGGACAUAGCUGGACAUGCCGUUGGACCGCAACCCAGUACGACACUUACUGGUAUCAUGCCCAUGCUCGGGGUGACAUGUCCCAUGGCCUCUAUGGGCCCAUCUGGAUCAGUCCUGCCCCGGAUGUCAUUUCUGGAUUUGCUAAAAUGAAAUACAAAGGCUCUCAGGACACCACCGCGUCUCAGCUCUACGUGGAUUACAGUGGAAGAAACACAUCUGCUUCAGUUCAUGCCCUAGAUAACAAGAGUAUGAGGAAUCACCCUGCUGUCACUAUCCCCAAGACCUCUGAUCAACUUGCCAACCUCGCCAUUAGCCAUUUGGGCCCAUCUUACACAUGGGCUACUUCAGGCAGUGGCUUGUAUGAUGUGAUGGCAAACUGGGAUGACCCGAUUCUUUAUGACAUCAACACAAAGAACAACUUGGAGGCGCAGGUAGCCAUACAAACUAAGAACGGGACCUGGGUCAAUUUGUUGUUGCAGUUGGGUGAGAUGCCCAGCAGCCCUGCUAUUCAGGCCCCUCAUAUGAUGCAUAAGCGCUCCAACAAGGGUUUUAUUCUUGGGGUUGGUCCUGGCCUUUUCAGGUGGUCCAGCAACGAAGAAGCUUACGCCGAGCGCCCUAAACUCUUCCAACUGGAGAGAACCACCAUCCUCUUCCAUUGCCAUAUUCAUACUCACAUGGCCAAUGGAAUGGCUGUUGCUCUACUCGAUGGUGUUGAUGCGCGGCCUCAGGUGCCCGAGGAAGCUAGGAUACCACUCGUUUUUUAUUAUUAUUAUUAA